AUGAACUUGAAAAACUUCCCUUCGUGGGCAUUAACGAAAAUUUUUAGUCUUGAGAGCGAACCUAGACGAGUGCUCUCUUCUCGUAGCAAUUGCUCUGAUGAAGAACGAAGAUUAUUAACAGAAGAGGAUCAUUCACUUAUUGAUGAUCAAAGUUACCUGGAACCAAACAUUCCAUCUGUGUAUGGUUCUAUGGUUCCAGUUCCUCAGCAAAUUCAACAAAACCAUGUUCACCCUUGGGGACAAGCGGUCGAUGAUUGUGCUCAUGGGUUGUCUACGGUUCGGCAUGAAUUUGCAGAAUUACUACGAUUGGGUUCUCCGACUGUAUUAGCCUAUCUAUUUCAGUCAUCAGAACAGUUUUCCACCGUCUUUAGUUUAGGCCAUUUAGGAAAAGAAUAUCUGGCGGCUUCUUCCCUUUCAACAAUGACUGCUGCCAUCACGGCCUUUUCCAUGUUCCAAGGAAUUAUUUCAUCUCUAGAUACUCUUGCUACACAAGCAUUUGGAGCAAAUAAACCGUACAAUGUGGCCGUAUACUUUCAGCGUUGUUGUUUCAUCCUUCUUCUUUUACAUAUUCCCAUUUCUAUCAUUUGGUUGAACUUGGAGCAUAUCCUUAUUUUUCUUCGUCAAGAUCCCAUGGUCGCACACCUGUGUGGCCGAUAUAUGAGAGUUUUCAUCUUUGCCGCUCCUGGAUAUGCAUCAUUUGAAGUUAUGAAGCGUUAUCUUCAAUCGCAAGGUAUUUUUAAACCCAUCACUUGUGUCCUUUGCUUUGCUGCCCCUUUAAACAUGCUACUCAAUUAUCUUUUGGUGUGGCAUCCAAAACUGGGUUUUGGAUUCCUAGGUGCUCCUACCGCCGUUGCGAUCACUUUUUGGGUUCAAAGUAUUAGUUUAAUGACUUACGCUCGUUUCUCGUCUUCUGUCAUUCCUUGGACACACUUUUCAAAGCGUGCGGUACAAAAUCUAAGACCUAUGUUGACGCUGUCCUUUCAUGGUAUGUUGAUGAUUGUAACGGAAUGGGCUGCCUAUGAAAUGACUAGUUUGGGAGCUGGUUAUUUGGGAACAGCUUCUUUAGCCUCACAAUCCGUCCUUCUCACUACCACUUCUUUGGCUUUCCAAGUUCCUUUUGCUUUUGCCGUUGCAUCUUCUACUCGCGUUGGUCAUCUCGUUGGUUCUGGCAGACCGAAUUUGGCUCGUAUAUGCAGUCGAGUAGCUACUUGUCUUGCUGUUUUAGUCUCUGUGACUGACGGUCUUUUUCUAUUUUGCUUCCGUGACCAUUGGGGGCAUUAUUUCACUUCUGAUAAAGAAGUACUCGGAAUAGUACAGCAAGUAUUUCCCAUUUUGUGUCUCUUUAUCGUUUUCGAUGCUCUCAAUGCUGUUGGAGGCGGAUUGCUUCGUGGUAUAGGCAAGCAGAGUAUUGGUGGUGUUAUUAGCAUCGCUUGUAACUAUUGUAUUGCUUUACCAGUUACGCUCGUCUUUGUCAUUGUGUAUCACUUAGGCUUGAAAGGUAUUUGGUUGGGAAUGAUAGUUGCUGUCACAACUGGUAUUACUUGUCAGUAUACCGUUCUUGGGCAUAUAAAUUGGCACAAAGUCCUUCAAGAAGCACUUCAAAGAAUGGCUCACAUAUAA